AUGAGCGGAAACCGAAGCCCAAUAGAUUGUAACCGAUUACAUUUCUUUGGUGAAUCAUCGGUAGUUGUAACGAGCGGAAACCGAAGUCGUGGGCACAGUGGAAUAGGCGCUCCAGCAAUCGAAGUACAACGAUAUGCUUCGAAUGCCACAUAUACUGUGAAUCUGCUACAUAACAUCCAUGGAGUAUCUCAUUUCAAUAUUCUAAGAGGCCCAUCAAACGGUUUGGAAUUGCUAAACUUCUUCGAAGAAGCUCUCGAGCAAGAAGAUGUAUUUGCAAACCCUGUUAUAAAAGAACAUGAUGUUAUAAUAAUGGAUAACUGUGAUUUUACAAGAGAGACAUGUUCAGUUGUUUUGUCAACCACCUUACCCGGCAUCCAUGUUAGUGAAGCAUGUUUCAAUCACAUAAAGACCACACUGCGUCGCUAUUCAAGAUACACUGAGAAAUAUACAGAGUUGUGCAUUUCUGAUGCAAUAGGAAUGAUAAACGAGGGUCUGUCAAGACAGUUCUUCAAGUUUUGUGGCUACAUAUAA